AUGGAAUCUGGGGAGUUGGACGUGCCUGGUCCUCAUUGGGUGCGAAAACAAUGCGACGAGACAGAUUCUACAGAUGAUGAGCACACGGUUCAGGAAAUUGACGAUCAAUCCCGCAAAGACAAUGAGCCCUAUGAAUAUGAGUCUGAUGAUUAUGAGGUUAAUGAGCCAUAUGAAUAUGAUUCUGAUUACGAAUCAGACGGCAUGAGCCUUGGCGGAGAAGAUGAGCCUGACAAGGAAGACAGCGAAGAGAGCGAAGGCGGCGAAGACAGUGAAGACAGCAGUCCGGAUGAAAAUGAUGACUCGGAAGAUCAUCGAAUCUACUUCAACUGGGUACUCCAAACUUUCAAUCCAUUCAGCGCCAUGAUGGGAAAAUCCCAAAUGCCUGCUGGAUACUUUGAUAGUUCAACGUCAGGCUACGCGGCUGAUGCUAUCUCACGCGAGGAGGCGAGAGGCUGUCGCACCGCCCAGUUCCUGGUGCAUAAACCCACCCCUAGGAAUCAAUGGCAGCCUGACCAAAUCCAUGAGCCAUGGGAGAUCAAUGGAGAUUGGUAUUUAUCUGGAAUUUGCGACGGAACGCCGUCGCGCGAUUCAAGAGACCCAACAGUGUGGACCAUACGAAAUGGGACACAAGAUCUAGAGGCAGACAAUGUGAAAUAUGUAGAACAUUUAGGACCAGAUGAAAUAGCGAUGCCAUUCCAUCCGUGGUGCUUUGAUAUCUUCUGCCGACAAUCCAAAGUCCAGUUUCAACGUGUCAAUGUCGCAGGCCUCAUGACCUGGCGCAAUGCCGAAUUUGACUAUAAGGCAUUUGGAUCAUUUCCUCGAGCCAAAGAGGUUACGAGUUCACGGCACCAGUGGUGGGAGCAUGUGCCUGGUAGCGAGUAUCUGGUUGCCAAUCCCCUUUACGUACCCGGACUACCAGAGAUUCUUCUCGCCGCGGUGAAGAACGAAGGAUCACCUUCCUCGCAUGGCUCAUGUUAUGAGAUCAAGUCGUCUCAACUUGUGACGAACCGCCCUUCCGCCUCUCACCAUAGCCAGGUCGACUUUCUCUCUUCACUUCCCUCGGAAGUUCAGCUCAUGAUCAUCGGCCAUUUAGAAUCUAGCGAUGUUAUUAGUCUAGGUCUUACAUCUAGGGCAUUCACUCAACUCCCAGAUAGUGUGUGGUACGGACUAGUACGCAAAGAAAUGCCCUGGUUGUGGGAAGCCUGGGAAGAAUCCGAAUGCAUACACAGCCCUUCGCCCUGGACAAUCCUAACAACAGAUGAGGUAAAGUGUGUAGUCACAGCACGGCGUGACUAUGCCCGGGCCUUGAUUGAAGAUUCUUACACAAAGGAUGCUGCCGAGAAAGCUGCCGAGCACCGAUUUGUUCUGCCGACGACCAUACCGAACCAGGUGAAACUGGCCCGAGUGAAUACUGACUGGCGUCAUGUAUUUAUGCAAAUCCGACGCAAUUGGGAGGAGCUCAAGGGAUUGCGGAAUCGACAGAGAAUCUGGGGGGAUGUGGAGGAGGUUAUGAGACGUAUUCGCAAGUUUGAUCCAUAG